CCCACAACAGCCCAUCGAGGAAGGUGGUUGUCGAAGGGAUUGACGUCUAUGCGAAUCUGAUGACCGACAAAGAGAAAGCCUGGAUCAUAAAGUUACAGAUGAUCCAGCUGCAGAGUGAAAAUCCACGUCUGGAUGACUAUUAUUAUCAGGAAUAUUUUCGGAAACUGGAACGGAAACUGAGUGAGAUGGAACUCGGGGAGAAGUGGACGAGGGAGCCCCAGAAGUUGGUCACUCCCUACGUUCAGAAGGCAGAGAUGUAUGAUUCUGUCGUUCACAUCAAGGGGUCCCUGGGACAAGUCGCCGUGUCGACCUGUUAUAGUCCACGCCGUGCCAUUGAUGUCGUUCACUUGUCUGCUCCGGAAGAGGUGGGGAUCCGUGGUUUUUUCCGGAUACUGAGGGUGAGGAAGGGGGUGCAGUUACUUGCCCGACUCUUGCCCAUGUUUCAGCCCCCCCACUGCGCUGAUGUGUUGGUCUCCAUCGCCAGCUUCCUGCGCUCCUCCGCUGAGGACAGUCUGGAUGAGUUCACUAUCUCCUAUCUCUACGCUCUGCUCAGCCAUGGUGGGACCCUCCUCUCCCUCGUCUGUCCCGCCCGCGAUGACGUGAAGAAGUGGACGGACCUGGUCUUCGUGGUGGCCCGGGAACUCUCCCUGAUCCCAGAGUCGGAACUUGCUGAGCCGCUGGAGCUGCCCAGUAACCUGCUCCCCCUCUUCUGCCGACAUCUCCAGCCACAGAUGGCCCACCGACUGCAGGGCAAGAUCCUCUCCAGGGUAUCUGUCCCGUCGCCUCCCGCUGACCCGUGAGAUGGGCCAACCCCCACCCCCCUCAGUCCGGAGUGCGGGGGAGGAGGAGCUGUGAGGAG